UCCAGAGCUCAGAUCAGUUUGGGGACUGGAGGUGGUCGGGUGUGUGGCGUGUCGCUCUCUCGGAUUAUAAGUGUUGUGUGUGACGUGUGUGCGAAGAGCUUGUCAACAUGCUGCGUGCUGAUCAGGUAAGUCCCUAUCUAUAGUGUUUACGUUCCCCUCGUGUGUUAGUGAAGUGUGCGUGACUCGUGCGUUUGGCGCAGGGCUGGGCCGCGGCCGGCACGGAGCAGGCGGUGCGCGUGGAGGAGGGCGAGGUGCAGGUCGUGUGCAUGCCGGCGGACGGCGAGUGCAUGUACACGGCCCUGGCGCACCAGCUGCACCACCGGGGCGUCAUCAAGAGCCGGCUGGGCCCGGUGGGAGGCCAGACCCACAUGAAGUUUGCAGCCAACCUCAGGAGGGCGGCAGCCUCGUUCAUGGAGAGUCAUACAGAGCUGUACCAGGACCCCGCCGUCGGCCUCGUCCUGGACGAGCCUGGCCGGUACGCGAGGCUGAUUGUGGACGGCGAGGUGCCGGACCCCGCGGCCGCCCUGGCCGCCGUGAUAGACGGCGUGCGGCGACCGGUUAAGGAGGGCGGCGCGUGGGGCAACAACGCGGUGCUGUCCGCGCUCGCCACCCACUACAACGUCACCAUCCGCGUGUUCAACGAGGUGGACGCCGGGGGCCCGCGCGCGCCUGCGACAGAGAUAGUGCCGGAGAAGAGGGUGCCACCGCGGGCCACCUUGUGCAUCGCGUACCGCCUCAGCCUGGCGCCGCGGGUGGACGGGGUGCGAGUGGAGAGGGUGCACUACGACAGCGUGGUGCGGGGUCCACCAGGGUCACAGCCCGUCGUUACAGGUGCUGUUAAAGGUCCAACUCCCACUGCAUCGCCUGUGUCCGAAGCGGAGCGAGAGCGAAGGCGUGAGAGAGAGAGAAAGCGGUACUGGGCUAAGGUUAAGGCUGCUUCCGAGGCAGGAAAGGAACAGGAACGCUCAACUAAGUCGGCGGAACAGAAGGAACGGAAGCGGCAAAGAGAGCGAGAACGGCGGAAAGGAAAAAAGCAAAAAGAGCAGGGACAGGGAAAUUGUGCUGACCAAACAGAGAUCCAACCCAACGGGGCUGUAGACGACUUGGGGGGCUCGAACCAAAAUAUAUUCUCAGCUUGGAACGACCGCUUGGUGUGUGAGUCGGACGACGACUCGGUAUGCGAGUCUUUGGGUGACGAAUACAGCGAAGGGACAGACGCCGAGGACGAUGACGGCGUGGAGCCCCAGGGCUGUCCCCGCCCCAACGACCCCGCCGUGGUGGCGGCGGUGUGCGCGAGCGUGACCCGCGCCCUGGCCGGCGUGUGCGCGGCGCAGUGCUACGUGUGCGACCGGCUGCUCAACGAGCGGGCCGUGCGCCGCGUCAACGUGGAGCGCCUCGGCGAGGACAUGGGCCCGGCGGUCAGCGAGCACCUCGAGAAGCUGGUGACGGAGCCCGGCCGACAGGACCUGUGCGCCACCUGUCACGGCUACAUCGUGAAGAUGCAGGUGCCGCCGACGGCCGUGGUGAACGGCUUCCGCUACCCGCCUGUGCCGCCCGGGCUGCGACCGCUCACCGAGGUGGAGGAGCACGUGCUAGCGCUGCGCUUGCCGUUCCAGCAGAUAGUGCACCUGGGCAAAUUGGGCCGCCGCGGGCAGUACGGCGUGCGGGGCUCCGUCAUCAACGUGCCGACGGACGCGGCCGACACGGUGCGCACCGUCAUUCCGCUGCUGCCUCAGGAAGACGAGCUGUGUGUUGUCAAUAUCAAGCGCAAGCUAAUACACAGACGAGCAUACGCGCGGAGCUUCGUUGACAAGAGCAAGCUGGUGGAGUGGGGCCGCUACCUGCAGGGCACGCCGCUGUACCGCGAGCACGGCGUCGUCUUCGACGAGUCCCGCCUGGACCCACCGCUUGCGCCCGCCGAGGGAGAAGAGGAGCCGCGGUUCAGUGAGGAGGGAGACGUGUUCUUUGGGCAGCCCGACGAACCUGCGGACCACGAGGAGAUGUUUUCACGCCUCGGGACAGUCCAGCACUCACUGCUUGCAGAGGACCGCGCGUGCCCGGCGCGCCCGCCCGUGCCGUGCAGAACCGACCCGGAGACCGACGAGGUGGAUGUGGCGCCGGGCGAGAACAGCACCCCGGUGAGUGUCGUGUGGGACCGUAAGGCUGAGGAGCUGGCCUUCCCUGGCGUGUACCUGGGGCAGCCGCGCGCCUUCGCCCGGCAUGUGACGCGCUACCAGGCAAUGCGCAGCGAGGUGCAGCGGGUAGACCGGCGGGGCGCGCGCCCGCAGAGCGUGCUCUACAAGUACAACGUGCACGUCAGGGAGCAGGCGUCCGGCCGCAUCCGGCACAAGUUCAAGCGAGGCGCCAAAGACGUGCUCGGCCGCAACAUUUCGAAGGAGCAGCUUUUGGACAAGGAGUUCGUGUCCACCUCUCAGAAGAGGGGUCUCGCCAUGCCGUGCCUGCUACCCAACUCGGCCGAGUAUUGGCGGGGCCGCUCCUACGACUUGUUCGCCGCCGUGCGCCAGCUCGGACCGCCGCACCUGUUCGUCACGCUCUCCUCCGCCGAGUAUCACAGCCCCACCCUCAUCAGUGUGCUGCGCAAGCUGCACCGGGAGCACGCCGAGAUGGACCGCUUCAACGCCGAGGCCACUUCGAGCGACCAGCCCUCUUGCGUUGGGGAGGAGGCCAUGGACGCCAUCGACAGCGUGCUGCAGCAGGUGGGUGACGGGGAGGCGGGUGAUGGGGAUGACAUCGUGCGACCGGAGGAGAAGCUGCGCCUCAUCAGGGAGGACCCCGUGGUCUGCGCGAGUUACUUCAGGGAGGUCGUCCUGCAGCUAAAGAAGAACCUGCGCGCCCGGGUGAAAGGGCCUAUGGGGCGCCACUUCGCCAAGGACUGGUUUAUCCGAAUCGAGUUUCAGCAGCGCGGAUCCCCCCACGCGCACUGUCUGCUGUGGCUCGAGGACGGCCCGGACAAGCCCUUGGAUGACGUGGCCAAGACGGUGGCCUUCAUUGACGACCUGGUGACGUGUGAUAGUGACCAUCCUUUGGCAGCAAGAAAUAAGCACUGCCACACGUCAACGUGCUUUAAGAACAAGUAUGUACGGCACAGGUUUGUGAAGAAGCUCUUGGAUAGACGCGAGAUGCACCGCCACUGUCGCUUUGGGGCGCCGUUUUGGCCGACCGACACCACGAGGAUAGUGCUGCCCCUGCGCCCCGAUGUGGACGAGCGGAAGGAGAACAACAACGGCACCGACUGGGCCACCUACAUCGAGCAGCUGCGCGAGCUGCGCCUCAAGCUCAAAGACGUGCUCUCUGCGCCGGACUGCCCUGACACCCUGAAGGAGGUGUGGGAAAUGGUGGAGUGUCCAGAUGACGCCACAUACGAGCUCGCCAUCCGCACGGGGGUGAUGCGGCCCCAAGUGUUGUACAAGCGGCGCGUCAAGGACAGGUGGACCAACCCGUACCUGCCAUGGGUGCUAGAGGCGUUCGGGUCCAACACCGACGCGCAGGUAGUCCUGGACGUGUUCAGCCUGAUACGGUACGUGGUCUCGUACGUGACAAAAGCGGAGAAGAACCACUCUCACCUGCACAACGAAAUUACACGGCUGCGACGAGAGCGUGGAUUUGACGACCGCACUUUAAUGAAAAUGCUUUGCUCUCGUACGCUGAGGGCCAAGGAGACAUCUGCGCAGGAGGCCGCGUGGGUGCUGAUGAAGUUUCCGCUGUGCGAGACCAGCCGCAAGUGCACCUUCAUCGACACCUCGCGACCCGAGGAGCGAGUGCAUUGCCCCAAGCCCGUCAAGGACAUACAGGCCUUGCCGCCCGGCUCCACCGACCUGUGGUACCCGGACAUAUACGACGUGUACUCCAGGAGGGCGCAGGAGCUCGACAACGUCACCCUGGCCCAGUUCGCUGCCCUGCAUCACCAAAGCAAGAAGCCCCGGAGAAGAGAGCGCAUCGUCCGGUAUCGAAGAUAUGCGGAAAAUAGCGACGACUGGAACGAGGCGGAGAACUUCUACCGGGGCAUGUGCACCCUGCACCUGCCUUGGCGUGACGAGAAAAGCGACAUUCUAGAGGCAAGUGACAGCUUUCAUAGUUUGUACGCUGAACACGAAGACGACAUCCUUGGCAGGAGGCAGGCGUUCGAGGCGAUGCUGGGCCUGGACGACACCUUACAGGCGGAGCUGGAGGCGUGCGUAGCUCAGGACGAGGCCGAGGCGCUUGAGGCCGAGUGCAGCGCCCGCAACAUGCUCGCCGGCAACAGCAAGCUGUUUUUCGACGACGAGGCUGUUGCCGACUUCAUGGACUGCACGGCGCAGGACAUAAACAUCGACUUGCCGGAGCCUGGGAGGCAGCAGCCUGCGGCGAGCGCGCGGGUGCGGCGCCGAGGCGUGUGGGACCGCGAGACCUACCUGGACAACAUCCGGCGCCUCAACACCAAGCAGAAGGAGGUGGUGCUCGCGGUCGUGCACGGCAUCCGCACCCAGAGCGCGCCGCGCCUCAUCUACAUCGACGGCGCGGCGGGGACGGGCAAGUCGGUCGUGGCUCGCAACAUCGCCAACGCGUUCGAGGCGUUCUGCCCGGCCAACGACAACGAGGACUCCAGCCGGGUAGUCAUCAGCGCCCCCACGGGCAAGGCGGCCCACAACAUCGGGGGCAGCACAAUGCACCACGCAUACAACUUGUCGUAUAACCAGGAGUCUGAGGCCACCCGGCGGCUGAACCAGGGCGCAGACGACAUUAUGGUGCCACUGCAAGGACAAGCCCUCGCCAACUUGCAGAACGCCUUCGCCAACGUCCACGGCCAGAUUAUUGAUGAAAUUAGUAUGGUGUCGGACCGCAAUUUUCUGGCCGUAGAUCAGCGCUGCAAGGAGGCGAAGGGCAACGAAGCAGAUUUCGGUUCUCUAUGGACAAUAAUAUUUGGAGAUUUCCGCCAACUUGUCCCUGUUGGAGGUAAGCCUGUCUACGUCAGCUCCACGGACUCCCUCGGUGGGAGUGCACUUCUGUGGCAAAAGUUCGAGUACGUGGAGCUGACGCAAAACAUGCGACAGGGUGAAGACAGAAGGUUUGCGGAGAUCCUCGCCAAAAUUGGCGACGCAGAAGUGCCUUUGACAGACGAAGAGCUCGAGAUGAUAGAGUCGAGGUUCGUAGACGAAAACAGCUUGGUGGUGCCUAGCAAUUGCCCUCGCCUCUACCACACCAACAAAGACAAGGACGAAUACAACACCAAAGAGCUGUUGAAGGCACCGAAUCAAUUAAUUAUUAAAAUACCAGCACGUGACCGCGUCCAAGUGAACCGAAAUUCUGUGGGGGAUUCUUCCGCGCGGCGCAGGAGGCAAGAGAGUACCGAAUCCAUUCUUGAUCGCGCCCGCGCACUGCCAACGAAGAGUGCGCAGAACCUCCCCUACCUCAUUCUUGCAGUGGUGGGGCGGCCCUACAAGCUUACUGUUAACCUCAACGUCCAGGAUGGGCUUGUGAACGGCGCCGUCGGCGUCCUGGUCUGGGUGCAGGCCGGCAUGCUGUGCUCGCGUUCGCGCACGCCCGGGGUGACGGAGCCCGAGGUGGCCGUGCAGACAUUGUGGCUUCGCUUCUCCGCGGACGUGGGCGCCGCGCGAAGCCGCGAGAAGCAAAGCGAGCUGCAGGCGGCCAUCGCGCGUCAGCGGUGCCUCCCUCUGGAGCUGUUGCCCUUCGAGCUGCCACCCAUCCCCGAGGGCGACGAGCUCCGGGGCCUAGUUCCCAUCGACCGCGAAGACCUGAAGCUCGUCAAGUGCAGGACGGAGGUGUGGCGCCACGUUAUGCGCCAGCAGUUUCCGCUCGUCCCAGCGCUGUCCGACACCAUCCACUCGUCGCAGGGCAGCUCGUACGACGCGGCGUGCGUCGAGUACUACGACUCGAUGCAAAACAACAUGGUGUACGUGGGGAUGAGCAGGGUGCGCAAGUUGGCAGGCCUGUUCAUCAAGUACACCGGAGAGCGCCUGCGGCGGGUGGCGACGGGCCGAGUGCAGCGACCGCAGCGCGGGGCCAGGGCGGCCAGGCUGUUCAAGCACCCCAGGCUGGACAAGCAGGACGUCAGCAUGGCGAGGGAGAAGGAGAGGCUGCGCAGCAAACCGUUCACCGUGCCGUGGGCCUCGCUGCUGGGGCGGCCCGCGCACGCGCUGCGAGCGGUGUACGCCAAUGUGCAGUCUCUCCACGCCCACCACCGCGACGUCAGCCUGGACGACGUCAUGAUGCAGUCGGACGUCCUGCUGCUGGCCGAGACCUGGCUGCGCCCGGGACAGGACAUCGACCUGGGCGACGGCAUGCAGGAGGUAGUCCGCUGUGACGCGCCCGCGCAUCAAGAGAGGGCCGCGGGAGGCGUGGCGGUGUACUCGCGGCUGCCCUUCGACGAGGUGCUGGCCGUCAGCACGGUGCCUCGAGUGGAGGCGGCGAGGGCGCGGCGGGGCAGCGAGCUGGCAGUGGCCGUGCUGUACUGCCACACCGACGCCAGGCUCGGCGACAUCCUCGCGGCGCUGGGGCUGUUGCUGCCCGCCGAGCCGUGCGCCACUGUCAUCGUGUGCGCCGACUUCAACGUGGACAUGCGGGCGACAGCCGGGCGCUGCAUAGCGGACGCCCUCGCGGCCAGAGGGCUGACGCCGAGCAGCGACCUGAGCGCACAGUCCACCUACGGCGGCACCACCAUUGACGCUGUAUUCACGAACAGUACAUCAACGAGGACCGCGCCGUAUCAAGCGUACUACAGCCACCACAUCCCGAUAGUCAUCGACGUCCCCCAGUAGACGGGACAUGUGUUGCGAGACGGGCCGCGUGGUCCUUGUCCGAUGUGUGAACGGUGUCGUGGCGCAGCGCUCGGCGCAGCCACCACCAGCACCAAAAAGUCAGCAAUGGUGCGACAAGCUGAAGAAAUAUCCUGCCGACCAGCCCAUGAACAGCGUUGGUGACUGCAGAAUGAAUCGAGUAUUAAGUGAAACGCGCCGGGCCACACCAUGCGUGUGUGUUUAUGAGCUAUGCGUGCGAGCGCUCACACCCCAUUUUUAAUGUAAUAAUAAAAGUAAAUUAAAAUGUGUGUUGUCGA